AUGAAAGCCUUCGUAGCGUGCAUAGCCCUUGCGUUGGUUGCUUGCGCAACCGCUGAAGCACCAAGCGGUUACAACUACAACCGUCCCUCUGGAGGUGGCGGCGGUGGCGGUUUCCAUGGUGGCAGCGGUGGUGGCCUCAUUGGCGGUGGCCCCUACAGACCCGUAUCUGCUGGUUACACAACCUCCGAAGGACAGAACGUCGACCCUCAGCUCCUUGAACAAAUCCGCAACAUCCUCCUGAAAGAAGAAGCUUCAUCCGGCGGUGGUCACGGUGGACUGGGUGGUGGUGCCCCAUCAUCGUCCUACGGUGCUCCUUCAUCUUCCUACGGACCUCCCUCAACCAGCUAUGGUGUGCCAUCUGCCCGCGUUGUCGGCAUUGUUCUUGACGGAGUCCGCCAAGCCAUCCAGGUUGCUCAAUAUGAACAGUCCGGUGGUUCCUCCGGUGGUGGAUACCCCGCGUCCGGCGUGCCCUCCGGCAGCUACGGCGCUCCUUACUAA